AUGGAUAUUCGACGUCUGCUACACAAUCCAGACGACGGUGGCUGGUAUAUCAUUGGCGAGACCAAGAGUGAGGUCGAGCUGAACGAGUUUCGUCGAUCACUUAAGCGCAACGCGAUCAUUAAUACACACCUUGUCAACUGCACAAUGAAGCACGAAAAUCUUGGCAUUGAUACGGAACACAAAAUGAAGGUCCAGUGGGCCAGAUGCACCUCUGCAUUAUGUCAUCCCAAAGGUAAUAAGCUAGACGAACAUGGUUUGCUACGUCUGUGCCCCGUGCAAGUGCGCAUGUCCACGUGUCAGCUGACAUUUGCUGGAAUUAUCUGUCAGGCGUAUCAGCAUUUGAGCGAUGAACACGAAUCGGCUGAGCCUUUGCAGACUCAUGUGACUGAAGGGAUGAAAACUCACAUUGUGCAGAUGCUAUACGAGGACUCUGAGGUUAAGCCUAUGGCUAUUUACAAAAAACUCGUUGCAUUGCACCAACACGGCGCGUUCUAUCCGGACCCGAUGCCUACAAAAAUUCAGCUGCGCAAUGCUCUCACGUAUUUAAGGAAUCGAAAGCUUAAAUCAUUGAGUAACACCAGCAACAGCGGACCGGUGAUCCGUGCUAGACGAAAGCGGAGAUUUGAUACAUUUUCGGACGGGAGCGAGUCUCCUCCUCUUGAAGAGCGCCGUGCACCCGAGUAUUGA